AUGCAAAUGCAGUGGUCGUGUUCCUCCUCUUUGCUGUCGGUCGUCAGUCCCGGCCUUCAGAAGCUCAAAACCGUCAAAUUGCAGCCAACUUUGUGUUGUGAUUCAUCAUCUCCAGCAGAUGUUACAUCAAACGUGUCUUUAGAGGAAAAGCAACUUCUCAAAGGAGAAACUUGGUCUGUGCACAAAUUUGGUGGAACCUGUGUGGGAACCUCACAGAGAAUAAAGAAUGUUGCAGACAUAAUUCUGAAGGAUGAUUCGGAGAGGACAUUGGUGGUUGUCUCUGCAAUGUCAAAGGUGACGGAUAUGAUGUAUGCCCUAAUCCACAAGGCUCAAUCACGGGAUGAGUCUUACAUAUCAUCAUUGGAUGCUGUUUUGGAGAAGCAUAGUGCAACUGCACAUGACAUUCUUGACGGAGAUAAUCUUGCUAGUUUCUUGUCUAAGUUGCAUCUUGAUAUUAGCAACCUGAAGGCUAUGCUUCGUGCAAUAUAUAUAGCUGGUCAUGCAACAGAGUCCUUUACAGAUUUUGUUGUGGGACAUGGGGAAUUAUGGUCUGCUCAGAUGUUGUCUCUAGUUAUUAGAAAGAAUGGAAUUGAUUGCAAAUGGAUGGAUACAAGGGAUGUUAUUAUUGUUAAUCCUACUAGUUCUAAUCAAGUUGAUCCUGACUAUUUGGAGUCUGAGCAAAGACUUGAAAAAUGGUACUCUAUGAAUCCAUGUAAGGUAAUCAUUGCUACUGGAUUCAUUGCAAGCACACCUGAAAACAUUCCGACCACACUGAAGAGAGAUGGAAGUGACUUCUCAGCAGCAAUUAUGGGUGCUCUAUUUCGGGCUCGUCAAGUCACAAUUUGGACAGAUGUUGAUGGUGUGUAUAGUGCAGAUCCUAGAAAAGAUGGAGUUCUAGCUCAAACUUAUUUUAGCGAGGCUGUGAUUUUGAAGACCUUGUCUUAUCAAGAGGCAUGGGAAAUGUCUUAUUUUGGUGCAAACGUCUUGCAUCCUCGCACAAUAAUUCCUGUGAUGAGAUAUGGCAUACCCAUUAUGAUAAGGAACAUUUUCAACCUUUCUGCUCCUGGAACGAAGAUCUGCCACUCUUCAGUUAAUGAUAAUGAAGAUAGGCAGAACCUGCAAAAUUAUGUCAAAGGAUUUGCAACCAUAGAUAACUUGGCACUUGUAAAUGUCGAGGGAACUGGAAUGGCUGGUGUUCCAGGUACAGCCAGUGCUAUUUUUGGUGCGGUAAAAGAUGUUGGAGCUAAUGUUAUCAUGAUAUCUCAGGCUAGUAGUGAGCAUUCUGUAUGCUUUGCUGUGCCUGAGAAAGAAGUAAAAGCUGUUGCUGAGGCAUUGCAAUCAAGAUUUCGACAAGCUUUGGAUAAUGGGCGCCUUUCUCAGGUUGCAAUUAUUCCAAAUUGUAGCAUUCUCGCUGCAGUUGGCCAGAAAAUGGCAAGCACACCUGGUGUUAGCGCCUCCCUUUUCAAUGCAUUGGCUAAGGCCAAUAUAAAUGUCCGUGCUAUAGCACAAGGUUGUUCUGAGUACAAUAUCACCGUCGUUGUUAAGCGAGAGGAUUGUAUAAAGGCUUUGCGAGCUGUCCAUUCCAGAUUUUAUCUCUCAAGAACCACCAUAGCCAUGGGCAUUAUUGGACCUGGGUUAAUUGGAAGUACACUACUUGACCAGCUAAGGGAUCAGGUGCAGUAUCUGUAG